ACUCAUUAUAACACAAAGAGUACCGUUUCCAACCGUCUCCCGCAGAUGCUCAUCGCUUACUGACCGUGGAACACGUCCCUGGCUGGAAUGACGUGUCGACACAGCGGACCAAUGAGAACGCGACGAUUAAUUACGUUAUGUAUAGAUCGACGUAGAUUAAAAGAAAUAGUAAUCGUUUCUUCCUUGAAAAUGUGCAAAUUGAAAUAGGACCACGAAAAAGUUCACCAAUUGCCUUGUGUUCGUUUAAUAAUUAAUUUUUAAUUAAAGUUUAAUAAUAAAUUAACACCAUGGAGAAAUCACAGAAAAUGCCGAAAGUCGCCAAGGUCAAGAAUAAAGCUCCUGCUGAAAUUCAAAUAACAGCAGAGCAGCUAUUGCGGGAGGCUAAAGAAAGGGAUCUUGAGAUUUUACCACCGCCACCAAAACAAAAAAUUUCUGAUCCUCAUGAGUUAGCUGAUUAUCAACAUCGGAAGCGUAAAGCUUUCGAAGACAACAUCCGUAAAAAUCGUAUGGUGAUUUCAAAUUGGAUAAAGUAUGCACAAUGGGAAGAAAGUCAAAAACAGAUACAAAGAGCACGAUCUAUAUACGAACGUGCGCUAGACGUCGAUCACAGAAACAUAACAUUAUGGCUGAAAUACACAGAAAUGGAAAUGCGAAAUCGUCAAGUGAAUCAUGCCAGAAAUUUGUGGGACCGUGCUGUUACCAUAUUACCUAGAGCAAAUCAAUUUUGGUAUAAAUAUACUUAUAUGGAAGAAAUGUUAGAAAAUAUUGCUGGAGCGCGUCAAGUAUUCGAAAGAUGGAUGGAAUGGGAACCAGAUGAACAAGCUUGGCAAACUUACAUCAAGUUCGAAUUAAGGUACAAAGAAAUACAAAGAGCUAGACAAAUCUAUGAACGUUUUGUAAUGGUUCAUCCUGAUGUUAAACAUUGGAUUAAGUACGCACGAUUCGAAGAGUCCCAUGGAUUCAUUAAUGGCGCUCGUAGUGUUUACGAACGAGCUAUUAAUUUUUAUGGCGAUGAAAGUUUGGACGAAAAAUUGUUUAUCGCGUUUGCAAAGUUUGAAGAAGGCCAAAGAGAGCAUGAUCGAGCUAGAGUAAUUUACAAAUAUGCAUUAGAUCACAUUCCAAAAGAGAAAACACAAGAAAUUUAUAAGGCGUACACUAUACACGAGAAGAAGUAUGGCGAUCGUUCAGGUAUCGAGGAUGUAAUUGUAAGCAAAAGAAAAUACCAAUACGAACAAGAAGUCAAAGAGAAUCCUUCCAAUUACGAUGCUUGGUUUGACUACUUGAGAUUAGUGGAAUCAGAAGGAAAUGUAGAUAUUAUCAGAGAAACUUACGAACGCGCAAUAGCUAAUGUACCUCCAACUAAAGAAAAACUAUUUUGGAGAAGAUAUAUUUAUCUUUGGAUAAAUUAUGCUCUUUUCGAAGAACUUGAUACCGAAGAUAUGGAAAGAUGUCGACAAGUCUACAGGGCAUGCUUAGAACUAAUUCCUCAUAAACAUUUUACUUUUUCGAAAAUUUGGUUACUUUACGCAUACUUUGAAAUAAGACAAAAAAAUUUAGCAGCAGCUAGGAAAACAUUAGGUAUGUCGUUGGGUAUUUGUCCUAGAGAUAAAUUAUACCGCGGGUAUAUCGAUUUGGAAAUACAAUUGAGAGAAUUCGAUAGAUGUAGAAUUUUGUAUCAAAAGUUUCUCGAGUUUGGUCCAGAGAACUGUACCACAUGGAUGAAGUUUGCAGAGUUGGAAACACUUCUAGGCGACGUAGAACGUGCACGAGCUAUUUAUGAGUUAGCUAUAUCACAGCCGCGGUUAGAUAUGCCUGAACUGUUAUGGAAGUCGUAUAUCGACUUCGAAAUAGCACAGGACGAAACCGAAAAUGCGAGGCAGUUAUUUGAAAGGCUAUUAGAACGUACGCUACACGUUAAAGUCUGGAUUGCAUACGCUAAAUUUGAAUUGGCAAAUUCAGCAUCAGAGGAUGGUCCUGAUAAUGUCGUUCUGGCGAGAAGAAUUUUUGAACGUGGAAAUGAUGCCCUUAGAUCAAACGGAGACAAAGAAAGUCGAGCGUUGCUUUUAGAAGCAUGGAGAGAUUUUGAAAAUGAGAAAGGAGACGAUGACACACGAUCUAAAAUUAUGGAAAAAAUGCCUCGAAGAAUUAAACGUAGAAGACGUAUCGUGGGAGAAGACGGGAGAGACGAUGGUUGGGAAGAAGUAUUCGAUUUUGUUUUCCCAGAAGAUGAGUCGCAAAGGCCGAAUCUUAAAUUUUUGGCCUCUGCCAAGGCUUGGAUGAAACAGAAAGAACAGAUUGAGAAAAGUGACAAUAAUCAAGGCACAAAUUGUACUCAAUUAGAAUCCAACAGUUAAA